AUCCGCAGCCCCAGUGGGAAGAAGUUUCGGAGCAAGCCCCAGCUGGCACGCUACCUGGGUGGCUCCAUGGACCUGAGCACCUUCGACUUCCGGACGGGCAGGAUGCUGAUGAGCAAGGUGAACAAGAGCCGGCAGCGGAUGCGCUACGACUCCUCCAGCCAGGUCAAGGGCAAGCCCGACCUGAACACGGCGCUCCCGGUGCGGCAGACGGCCUCCAUCUUCAAGCAGCCAGUAACCAAGAUCACCAACCACCCCAGCAACAAGGUGAAGAGCGACCCCCAGAAGGCCGUGGACCAGCCCCGGCAGCUUUUCUGGGAGAAGAAGCUGAGCGGCCUGAAUGCUUUCGACAUUGCGGAGGAGCUGGUGAAGACCAUGGACCUCCCCAAGGGCCUGCAAGGCGUGGGGCCCGGCUGCACGGACGAGACCCUGCUGUCAGCCAUCGCCAGCGCCUUGCACACCAGCACGAUGCCCAUCACCGGGCAGCUCUCGGCCGCCGUGGAGAAGAACCCGGGCGUGUGGCUCAACACGACGCAGCCCCUCUGCAAGGCCUUCAUGGUGACUGACGAGGACAUCAGGAAGCAGGAGGAGCUGGUACAGCAGGUGCGCAAGCGGCUGGAGGAGGCGCUGAUGGCCGACAUGCUGGCCCACGUGGAGGAGCUGGCGCGCGACGGCGAGGCGCCCCUGGACAAGGCUGGAGUGGACGAGGAGGAGGACGAGGAUGAGGACGAGGAGGAGGAGGAGCCCGACCCCGACCAGGAGCUGGAGCACGCCUAAAGCCGGGGCCCUGCCUGAGUGUGCCCCACGCCCUGGGGGCUGCCUGCAGACUCAGCCCUCAGCCACUGGGACCAGGCCAGGAGGGCAGCCCCCUACUCCGGGCUGCAUGAGCACAGCCCAGAUGGACACCUGCCCGAUGCUCCUCCCAGAGGCCUGGGGUCCGGACACGCUGCCACUCAAGGGCCGUGGCUUCCCCCCAACCCUGGACUUGGGCUGAGCGCAUAGCAGCGUCUGCAAGGCCGCCUCCUCAGGAGCCAGCCGGAGCCACUCCAGAGGGGCCGUUCACGACGUCUGUCUCCCCACAACGCCCAGACUCCCUGUGGCCGCCAUGCUGGCUCCCACAACCAGAAAGUCGCUGUUGGGGCGCCGGCACCAGGG